AUUUCUAGAAGAACCAAUGCGGCAUGGCAGUUAGGACGACAGUUAAUGGCCACUGAGGAGGAGGACAGUUCAUCAAAUCUUCCCCUGAAUGUGACUAAUGGAAAUUAUACAUGCAUCCUUUUUUAUGCUAGUAAUUUCAGCCUCAUGGCCAACGAUUCAGUUUUUAUAGAUUUGACAAAUAUAACAUUUGUAAACCGGGAUGUGGACAUUUCCUCCUCUGAGUGCUCAGACACCAACACAACACUGUCAUUAAAAUACACAAAACCAGUGAAUGGAAUCAGCAGUUUGGAGAUAAGAUUUGUAUUGACCAACAUGUUCUAUGACGUCUCAGCUAGAAACUGGUCCACUUUAAAAUCAGUUGAGAUUGUACAAGAUGACUAUAAGUUUGCUAAGUUUAAUGUUUCUGUCAUCUCUGCUCCUGCAGAGUAUUCAUUUCAUUGCCAGCUGGUGGGAACAAGCAAUCUCUAUCCUGCAAGGUUGAUUCCAUUUAACGAGGAAGCAGAAAACUGGGAUGUUUUCAUUUCAAGCUUCCAACUUCAAGGCUUCAACAUUGAAAACAACCUAUUUUCCUAUGCAAGCGACUGUACAAGUUUCUUCACUCCUGGGAUCUGGAUGGGCUUGGUGACCUCUGUGAUUCUUCUGUGGAUCCUGGCCUAUGGCAUCCACAUGAUCAUGCAGCUCACAACAAACAGCAGAUUCGAUGAUCCCAAAGGUCCGGCCCUUUCCGUUCCUCAGACAGAAUAG